AUGGGAGCGUCGAAACAUAACGUGGGGUUUGUCGCGCGAACAUACCUCCAAAUCACUGUCUCUCGAAGACACACUGGACGUGUUGUGAAAGGUGGUCGAAGAGUGGAAUCAAGUGGUGUGGCCAGCGUUGACUAUCACGGAAGCUUUGCCGACCGUCGAGCCCGAUAUAAAAAUUUCAACAGUAUGAGGUCUGUAAUUGCACACGCCUUUUGCCCGGAAAUGGGCGGAGCCAUACACUUUGACGAUACCGAAGUGUGGUCGGCCAAAAUGCAAAGUAACAGACAACCCGAGUUGGAAACAACAAAUUUGUAUGUAACCGCUCUUCACGAAUUUGGCCACUCGCUAGGUCUGAGUCACGACUACAAUCGCUGGUCGAUAAUGUAUCCGUAUUACCGAGACAUUGAAUUCCUCCCGGCAAACUGGAAACACUGGGCGAGACAAGAUGUUGAACUAUUGUACAAAGCCAUCGCCCCACCCACGAACCCGAACCGAGUAAAAGCAGCUUUGACGUUUUGCCACCACAGCCCCCCCCCCACAAUACAAACCACCCACGAACCCGAACUGAGUAUCAGCAUCUUUGACAUUAUCUCCCUAACUCCCACCAAGCGCGACCAACGCAUGGCUACAGUCGCCGCCGCCACCACCACAAACAAAGAUGGCUUAUGCGCCGACUACGAUUCGGUGGUGGGGAGAUUAAUGGACAAUUGA